CACAGCCCUUGGAGUUCAGAGGCCUCUGCUGACCUCUGUCCAACCUCUCCUCUGCACCCAAGCCCCCACUGGUACAUACAGGAGCAGAGGCAGACAAGUCAGGCAAUGACUAGGAGACAGGAGAGGGGCUGGAGACAGGCUGCUAGAGAGCUCAGAACCCCAGCACACCUCCUUGUCCCAACUCUGUCCACCACCUGCUGUGACCACAGCAACAGAAGAGACAGCUAAUAAGACAAAGUGAGGCCCGGUACCUUGAGGACAGUGGUGUCAUUAGCUGCGACGCCUAGGAUGUCUCGAGAGAUGGGAGAACUCACCCAAACCAGAUUGCAGAAGAUCUGGAUUCCACACAACGGUGGCAACAGCAGGCUGCAACGCAGGAGGGGCUCAUCCAUACCCCAGUUUACAAAUUCCCCCACGAUGGUGAUAAUGGUGGGUUUACCAGCUCGAGGAAAGACCUACAUCUCCACGAAGCUCACACGAUAUCUCAACUGGAUAGGAACACCAACUAAAGUGUUUAAUUUAGGCCAGUAUCGACGAGAGGCAGUGAGCUACAAGAACUACGAAUUCUUUCUCCCAGACAACAUGGAGGCCCUACUUAUCAGGAAGCAAUGUGCCAUAGCAGCCCUGAAAGAUGUCCAUAACUAUCUCAGCUGUGAGGAAGGUCAUGUUGCGGUUUUUGAUGCCACCAACACUACCAGAGAACGACGGUCACUGAUUCUGCAGUUUGCUAAAGAACAUGGUUACAAGGUCUUUUUCAUUGAGUCCAUUUGUAAUGACCCUGACGUCAUUGCAGAAAACAUCAGGCAAGUGAAACUUGGCAGCCCUGAUUACAUAGACUGUGACCAUGAAAAGGUUCUGGAAGACUUUCUAAAGAGAAUUGAGUGCUAUGAGGUCAACUACCAACCCUUGGAUGAUGAACUAGACAGCCACCUGUCCUACAUCAAGAUCUUCGACGUGGGCACACGCUACAUGGUGAACCGACUGCAGGACCACAUCCAGAGCCGCACAGUCUACUAUCUCAUGAACAUCCACGUCACACCCCGCUCCAUCUACCUAUGCCGGCACGGUGAGAGUGAACUCAACCUCAGAGGCCGCAUCGGAGGUGACUCUGGCCUCUCAGCUCGGGGCAAGCAGUAUGCCUAUGCCCUGGCCAACUUCAUUCAGUCCCAGGGCAUCAGCUCCCUGAAGGUGUGGACCAGCCACAUGAAGAGGACUAUCCAGACAGCUGAAGCCCUGGGUGUUCCUUAUGAGCAGUGGAAGGCCCUGAAUGAGAUUGAUGCGGGUGUCUGUGAGGAGAUGACCUACGAAGAAAUCCAAGAGCACUACCCUGAAGAAUUUGCACUACGAGAUCAAGAUAAAUAUCGCUACCGCUAUCCCAAGGGAGAGUCCUAUGAGGAUCUGGUCCAGCGUCUGGAGCCAGUUAUAAUGGAGCUAGAACGGCAGGAAAAUGUAUUGGUGAUCUGCCACCAGGCUGUCAUGCGGUGCCUCCUGGCCUACUUCCUGGACAAGAGCUCAGAUGAGCUGCCUUAUCUCAGGUGCCCUCUGCACACAGUGCUCAAACUUACACCUGUGGCUUAUGGCUGCAAAGUGGAGUCCAUCUACCUGAACGUGGAGGCUGUAAACACACAUCGGGAGAAGCCUGAGAAUGUGGACGUCAGCCGGGAACCUGAGGAAGCCCUGGACACUGUCCCUGCCCACUACUGAGCCCUUUCUAAGACAUAAAACUGCCUCUGUCCUCGCUAUCUUUCACGUUUAGGAGCUGCUAUUGUUGCUCUUCUCUUACACUGAGAACACUCUGGAGUUGGCCUCACUGAAAGAGACCUGCUUCCAGUGAAGAAACCCUCAUCAGCUCCAAAACAGGUCUUGAUUUCUAGCUACAACUAAGGAGCUGUCUAGGUCAGGAUGAAACUUUUUCCUUCUUAAUUCCUAUUUCCUGAUCAAUAAAGACUUCUCUUACUGCCUA